AUGGGUGGCGGGUGGGUAGCAGCGCGAGCGGGAACUAGGCGAGGGGAGGUCGACAUCGGUGGAGCAGGUGGCGCGGAGGUGGGAGGAUCGUGGGUGCCGUGGGUGGCAGCUGAGUACGGAGUGAUAGGGGAAAUCAGUCGCGGUUCGAGUACCGCCGCGAAUGCACUAUUGAAUCGGAGUGAGCAAAAGGUGAACAAGACAGUGGACAAGAGACACCGUGAAAGUCAAAGGGGACAUAAUAUCGGUGUGUCGACGGUGAGACCAGGUGAGAAAAGGAAAGCGAAGGACACCGGAAUGCUCGACUUUGAACAACAAACCAAUCAGGCACAGGCAUUGGCCUCGCUCGAUGACGACUGGCACCUGCUCGAGGAGAAACGACCAGGCGGCGACAGUGGCAACAACAGCGGCAGUAGCGGCGACAGCGACGAUGACGAUGAUGACGGCAGCGGCCGCGCGGUGAUAGCCGUGACAGGUGAAAAGCUUACGACAAUGCGUUUGCGUCACAUCUCUCAUGGCAAUUCCGUCAUGGCAAUUCUGCAUUCUAAAAUGAGAUUAGAAGAGGAUCUGGUGAUCCGCAGGAGCCGACCCACGAUGAUCUCCGCCAAAUAUCGCGCCCGCGAGGAACGUCGCCGUCUGCUCAAGAUUUCCGCCGGCAAGCUGAGGAGGAUCGAGGACCCUGAAGCGAGCCUGUGCCGAUCGGUUCUCAUAAAUAACGCGGUACGACGGCUGCAGCGUGAAAAUCGGGACGAGAAGACACGAAGUUACGGUACACUUCCAGUAGUGGCGUCAUACAUGGACGACGUUAGUAAGGAAAAUAACAUCGCCGGGAAUCUCAUCGCCGACGUAACGGACGAAGAAACUUCUUCUAGGAAAAGGUUGGCUGACGAUUCGAGAAACGACGAACUCAAUUCCAAGCGGCAUAGGCACGAUGACUUGGAUUUGCAAGACGACGUAUUCAGUGACUUCUACAUCUUGCCACCGACGCCACGUUUGCUCUCGCAUAUCGAUGAAAUUCAGCCAGAAGCAGUGGUGUCACAUCAUAACGGCAAUCACCCUCUGGGCUUUCCGGAGGAUCGCUUGAGCGGCGUGGCUGACGUGCGAUCGAACGGCACGAUCAUCAGUACAAGUAGCACCUCCACAACGACUAACGGCAUUGGAGUCGACAGCGCGACAAGCUGCCAUUCCGUGCUUUUCCCCGUCGUCGGAGAUCUCGACGACACGAGCGUACAACUCUCGAGACCAGGAACUGAUAUGAUGGAGGUGGCCGACGUAGUCGAUCCCGAUCGGCUUUGUGACUUUUCUAGAUUCGCCGACUCGGCGAAGACGCUGGAAGAACGCCUGGCCGAGCUGCAGUCUUUGGAUGAGCAUUUCGAUCUUACCAAGUUUGAGCGUAACAACAAUCAGAGUUGCGGCCGCGCCUUCCAUGACAUACAGACCUUCCACAGCCUCGUGCCAGGUCUAGAAACUUAGACGACGGUAUUAUAUCUCGAGCCAACGAUGCUGCAGGACGCCAACAGCGACGUGAUGUCAGCUUCACGAUACACAGAAUCGCUUGAUGAGGAAUCACAUGGUGAAUCUCGCGUUGGUCUUACCCUCGUGCGCUCGUAGAUGGAAAACGCGUGAUCAAACGCAUGCCGAUACGUUAAGUACUCCGAAGAAUUUUUUUACCGUGGGCAAACAGAUGGGCUAAAUUGUAUAUUGGACCGUGUGGUUCCAUUAUUCAUCUAUUGAUAUUAGACUCGCAACAGAAAUUUUAAAAGAACGUGCAAAAAAAAUUUAGAAAUAUUCAAAUUUCAAUUGAUU